GACUCAUGCGCUGCAUGUUUGCAUACAUAUCAAAAGCUGCAAGGUUUCUAAGGCUCAUUUUACCGGGUUACGGCGGGGUUCUCUCGGUUGGUUUUCGGCAUUCUCUCCCCUCCGGAGCACAUGGCAAAGUGCUCUCAGCUGGUCUCGGGAGCCUUGAUAGAUAGAGUAGUUGGCGCGGCGCUGUUCUGCUCUUCUUUAAUGGUCUAUCCGUUUUGUGUCUCAAGUACACACAGCAAACCAGUUCGGGGGGUUGGGGGGUUGUUCUUGGAAUGGUCCCCCUUUUUCUUUUCUAUAUUCCCUCUUUCAGCUUUUUGCUGGUUUAUUUUCCUUUGGGCAAUUGAAUUGGCAAAGAGAGAGCUGUGGUAAUGAGAGAAGCAGCAUAGACAAAUUUAUUCUGUCUACCGUUAGAGGAACUUACUCGCCGUCUCAUCAAUG